UAAGCACCCACUAAUUCUUUUCCGUGAGUGCGCCAGCCCCAGAGCACCCACAGAGUCGGUGCCUAUGAAGUUUGCCAUGGUCUUCCUCUCUCCCCCACCUCCAUCUAGACAUCACCACCAAGUGACUGAAGCGCUGAUCAAAGGGGAGAGCCUGGCUGAAGGGCAACCAGCCAGCCUGUGCACAAGUUUAUUUUGUUGGAUCGUGUGACUUCCAGUAUGACUGAUUUCCUGUCCUGUUUUCAACAAUUCCUUUGCAUUUGAUCCACCAAUGAGGGAUUGCCUUUUGCUGCAUUUAUUUUGCCGGUGAAUCCAGCCCUUAGUGUCCCAUGUUCACAUGUCAUUGCUUGUGUGUAGAAGUUGACUCACAAAUAUUCAGUAAGUGUAUUAUAUUGUGUCAUCUUACAUCCUUCCCAAGGGCAAAAAUCUUCUGCAACAAUGAAGGUUUGGGCUGAUGAGCGGUGGCUGCAGAACGUUUGGAUGCGCAAGUCCACAUUCCUGCAUCUGUGUGCAAAACUCACCAAAAUAAAAGCUGCACUGACAACGGAGAAGCAAAUAUAGAUUACACUAUGGGGACCUGCAACACCAGAUUCUUAUUGGUCAAUCAGAGGUCUUUCUACUAAACCAAGAUGGAAUGGAUUUCUUUAAUCAUGUACAAAAUGGUUGUUCGAUGUGGAUGCCCACAGCGGAUACUGACAGAUCUCGGUCCUGAAUUCAAUAAUAAGUUUAACCUGUAUGUUUGCAAAAGAUUGGGAAUAGAACGUAGCUUCACCAGCCUGUAUCACCCACAAACUAAUGGCUUGGCUGAAAAUGCUAAUGAAUCCAUCAAAAGAGCAUUGCGGAAGAUGGUUGAUGACACCGGGAGUAAUUAGGAUGAAUUCCUUGAGCCCAUUUUGUUUUCUUUGCAAACUAAAGUACACACAACAACAAAAAUUUCACCUUUUUGACUAAUGUUUUGCGAUGACCUGGUGUUUCCAGAAAAAGUCUUAAAGAGUUACACAGUAAGUGUAUGUUAGUACCAGCAGCUUUUCAUGUACAUA